AUGUCAUCUUUGAACGAUAAACUCGCCGCUGCCCUUUCAUCCCGAGAAAAGCGGCGCAUUCGCCGACGUCUUCCUGUCUCGGCCUCUCCAGUGCUCCCCUCUGCAGAUUUUACAUCUAACGACUAUCUCUCUCUGGCUACAUCAUCGACCCUUCGCACGGCGUUCCAAAGUGCUCUUUCCACUGCCCCUAAAAUACUCGGAUCAGGUGGUUCUCGGUUGCUUGUACCAACACCUGCUCAUGUCGCCCUCGAAAAUCGACUGGAAAGAUUCUUCGGCGCUGAAAAGGCACUGUUAUUCAACUCAGGUUUCGACGCAAACGUUGCAUUCUUCUCCGCAAUUCCUCAGCCUGGCGAUGUAAUUCUAUACGAUGAACAUAUCCACGCAUCUGUGCAUGAUGGGAUGGGUGCUUCGCGAGUAGAUCCCUCCAGCCUGAUCAAAUUUUCACACAAUUCAGUCGCUGCACUCAAGCGAUCGUUGCGAAAAUUACUCCACGAGCGAGAUGAUCUGCGAGAUGGGAGAGCAAGCGCAUUCGUUGCGGUGGAAAGCCUGUAUAGCAUGGAUGGGACAUUCGCCCCCUUGCACGAAAUCGUGCACUGCGUCGAAGAAUUGCUGCCAAGGAAUAAUGGAUAUGUGAUAGUAGACGAGGCGCAUGCAACAGGGAUAUAUGGCCCGCAGGGUCGAGGGAUGGUUGCUGCGCUAGGGCUCGAGGGACGCGUCCUGGCACGUUUGCAUACGUUCGGGAAGGCGCUUGCGGGAUCAGGAGCUGCGAUACUAACUACCGAACUCAUACGAGAUUACCUCUUGAAUUAUGGCCGUCCACUGAUAUACACUACGACGCUCACGUAUGCAAAUAUCAUCGGCGUCGAGUGCGCCUUUGAUAUGCUGGAGAAUGGAAGUGCAGAAGUGCUCGCGCUGCAUCUCCUAGAUCUAUCACGGUACUUCUUGGAGCUUCUAAGACCCCACCUACAGUCAGCUCCACCCGAACUACUCUGCUUGCCUGGCCAUCUACGCACGGAUGAUCAUAAGGAUUCCACAAAUAGUUCGUCCGAUCCAUCCUUUCCCCCUCCGACACCCAUCAUUCCUCUCCUCACGCCUCAUCCACAUUCCCUUGCUGCACAUCUGGCCUCCCUUCCACAACCACUGUUUACAAAAGCAAUCACAUGGCCAACAGUUCCUGUGGGAACAUCCCGAGUAAGAGUAUGUUUGCACGCAGGACACACUCGUGACGAUGUAAAGAAACUGGUAGAUGGUAUUGUCGACUGGGUACAGGCAUGGGUCGCAAGAGAAAAAGAAGUCGAAAGACAGUGGCUGGAUGUGGCCGAAGGAGAGGGUGUAGGAGUAUGGAUGGAGUCGAAGUUGUAA